GCUACUGCCACUGCUGUACAACUUUCCGUCGAACGACAACGCGUCUCUUACUAAAUACAAUAUUACCAUAGUCUAAUAUACAAUAUUAAUUACAUUUAAAUAUAACAUUAAAUGUCUGUUAGACAGCAUUGGCGAUAGUAAUAUAACCAUUCCGCUGCAAUAUGGUACAAAGGUUAGGAGGUUCGGUGUUAUUGUUUGUCGCUGUCGCAUUGUCGAACGGCAAGCCGUUGCAAUCUGCCGGUCACGCGAAUCCCAUCGAAAAUUCAAAAGCUUUGACGUCGUCGUUGGUCGACGACACCAUGUCCACGAUGAACAACGUUCCGUUUGACUGGUCUUCCGAUUACGAGAUAGCCGUCGUCUACAUCACGUCCGCAUGGACUGAAUUUGGCGAUGUACAUUCGACUGCCGCACCCCUGGGCAUUAUCGCCGAAAACGGAUUUCUCAAUUAUUGCGUGAGGUUCAAGACCAAGUUAGCCGAUUGGGUUAAGUCCUUACAAGAAAAACCCGAUGUAAGCGAAACAGUAAAAAAAGCCGCUUCUAGCUGGUAUAAAGCCAUUGACACGUUAUCACGGAACAAUUGGAAUCUUCCAAACGUACUCACUUUGGAGUCUUUUAGAAAACAAUUCAUGACUUCGUACAAGCAUUUGGUGCUCAAUGGCGCUGAGGUUUACGAAAAAUCGAAUACCGAAAAUGUGAAACAGGACGUGGAAAGAUUCACAAGAGACAUUGCUGAUAUGAUGAUACAAGUACUCAAAGAUAUUUGGAAACAAAUUCGAAGCGUUCCCAAGGAAUAUUUAUCAUCUAUAUAAUUUAUGCAGUGUACUAAAUAUGUCAAUCUCAAUUCUGGGCAGAGGUGUAUAACGAAAAAAUAUUUUGUACUUUUUAUUGUAUUCACUACUUUUUUGUACAUAAACGUGUUUUUAUAUAAUGUAAAA